AUGAAGAAGUUCAGGUCAGUAUUCGUGGGAAUGCUAAGCACCAUAUACCUUGGAUCAUUGUAUAUCUAUGUAGAAGCAAGUAAUUUAAAACAUUCACACGUUAUGGAAGAACCGCGAUAUCACCAUUCCGUUGAGAGACGCACAGUAAAUGGCGAUCCUGCAGUCAACCCGUAUGCUUCCGAGCAAACUAGUUCUCAUUAUAAAAAUCCAGAUACAUCUGCAGAAGAGAGAGCCCCACCCCAAAAAGAAAUAAGCUUUUACUCGAAUAAGCAUAAUGUAGGGUUUCUCUACAACGUAGGAUCCAAAAAGUAUAUAGGAGCAGAUUCUGCGAAAUAUUGGCUGAAUGCUGUGGAUGACAACACGCCUCCUCUGCCUAUUGCGAUUGUAGAGUCAUAUGGACAAAGCAUAGGAUCGUACUACGAGAUUAUUUCAGUAGAUAGUGUCUCAAAGCCUAACUUUGGAACUCGUUCAAACAAUGACUUGUAUACAAAUGUAAAGAGAUUUGAUGUGGGAGGAGGACCAAGCCAAAAAAGAUGUUAUCUAUACGGGCACACAUCUGUGUACAACAGAUUUGUAAUUACGCCUUCAUAUUACAAAAAAGACGAUUCCUUUAAAAUAAGAAGAUCUACGUUUUGUUUGGGAGUUGCCUCAAAUAAUCAGCUACUGGAAAUGGCAUGCGUAGAUGAUACUACAAAUGGCAAGCGCACUGAAGAAAAUGACAGACAGCUAUUUAAGUUCUGCCGUGCAGACUCAGGAGACCGAUGCGUAUCUGACUAA